AUGAACGUGCAGCACCCCGACAUGCUUCGCCAAGGCGUCCCCAACAUGCACCAGAGCAUCAUCAACCAGCCAUUCUUCCCUCAGUCGCAGCCAGGCCAGCAGUCGCCCCCCCACAACAUGGGCCCCUUCCAAAACAAUCAGGGUGGUAAUCCCUCACUCGGACUCAUGGGUGGUCAGCCUGGCGCCUCCAACGCCGGUUACCCGCUCAACAUGCAGCAAGCCCCGCCCGGUCGGCGACCAGGGAUGUUCAUGGCUCCACACCCCGGCGGUCCCGCGCCGUCGAGCCUCAACGCUCCCGGUGGCAGCGGUGGACCUUCUCAUAUGGGUGGUCUCGGGUCCGGUCAGCUGCAGAACAUGUCUUCGUUCCCCGGAGGGAACAUCAUACGACGCGUUCAGUCUCAGCCGAUGAAUCCAAACGGUGCGCACCUUGGGAUACAGCCUGGAAUGCAGCCUGGGAUGCAGCCUGGGAUGCAGCACGGGAUGCAACCUGGGAUGAUGGGUGGAGGGAUGGCGCGUACCCCUAUGACGGCCUCUCAGCAGCAGCAGCAGCAACACCAGAUGCUCCAGUUGCGACAACAACAACAGGCUCAGCUGCAAGCGCAGGGGGGUGGUAUCCCUUCGGAGAUGGGGCUUCCGAUGAACAGGCCGGCACAUCUGCAGGCGACGGGCUCGAUGCCACACGCGCGGACCGCGUCGGGACAAGCGCUUAUGCCGACGUCGAUGUCGCAACACGGGAUGCAACAACAGAUACACCAGCAGUUGCCGCACGGCGGGUAUUCGAAUCCCAUGUCGUUACAACACCAGCCACAGCAUCAACCCUCACCCCAUAUCGGAGGUCAACAGCAGCCCCAGCUUGCCUCGCAAACUCCCGCGGGUCGCCAAAUGGCAUCGGAGAACCCGAUGUUCAUGAACUUCCAGAAUCAGCCGAUCCGACCGCCUACCAUCCACGGUAUACCGCAGAUACCCAACAACCCCCAGUUCAACGUGAACUUCAACGCGUCGCCGACACCUCCCAACCUCGGUGGCGACAUGUCGCAGCGCGGAAACCCUACUACGCAGGGUCUUAUCACCCCAGCCCAAGCUCUCGACAAGAUGAACUCUGGGGUAGAAAACUUCCCCGUCGGUUCGUACGCGAUGGGUCAACCACCGAUGAACGUGCCACAGCGUCCUCCAUCUCAACAUAGUCCUCGUAACCCCUUCCCGAUCCCACAAUCACAACCGCCCCAUCCCCCGCCACAACAAUCCCCCCGGCAGGCUGACAGACUGGCUGGGCCAAUGCAACCACCUCCAGGGCUGAUGCAGCGACCACAGUCGCAGCCUCAGGUGCUCCAUCGACAGUCCCCGAUACCCCCCGGUUCGUCGAGGACUCCCCGCGCUACUCAUACCCCCUUGCCGAUGAACGGAGUCCUCAAUUCACAAGGGCGUAUGCCUCCAGGACCUGGGCAAAGUCCUCAAGGGCCUACGCAUCAACAAGUGCAGCAGCCUGCAAGCGCUCCGCCCUCUACGCAUCCCACGCAGAUCGCCCCGCGGCCGCCAUCAGCCAACGCCGCUGCAGCCCCCCGUGCAGCCCCCCAGCCGUCCGCCCGCCCACCAUCCGCGAGUCAGCAGAGACCGGUUCCGGAGACUAAUCCGGCGUCUCAAGCCGCUCCUCCCGCCCCGGCCCCAGCCCCGGCCCCGGCCCCAGCCACGGCACCUGCACCUGCACCCCCACCCGCGCCCGCGCCAACGCCUACCACAACCGCGCGAGCUACUUCCAUAUACCCAGUUGGAUUUGGACAAUCUGUAUGCCGAAUACUGCAGUUGAGUGGUACCUUGGGAACGGUCCACAAGGACAGACUCAAGCAGUCGUACUGGGACGGUAUCGUCUCGACCUUCUUCACGGAGAAGGCUACGAUGAAGCUCACUUUGUGGAAAGACAAUCAGCAAAUCGAGGCGAAGCCUUUCGGUACGGAAGCAACUGGUCUGACUCAACGCGAAUGCUCACAGGAGAAAACAGAGAUCGGUUACCCUAUCCUUCCUCGCUUCUUCCUCGUCACGAGCCAAUCAGGAGUCAAGUCCAUGACGAUCACCAUCGACGGCGCGCGAGAGCGGCUCAUUAACCAGCAGCAUUCACUCGUUGAGUGCGCCAACGCGUCCUGGACGUUCCGAUACCAGAACGGAUACAGCAUCACCCUUCGUGGGCCACUCACCGCGGACGUUGUCGUCCAACCCACACUCCACCCAGGGCAGCCUUCUCCGUCAGGCGCUGUUUCCGCGUAUACGUUGAAACUGGAGCGACUGCAGUUCGAUGCGUUCUUCCAUGACAAGUACGUCGCAGUGGAAUCCAUCAUCGGUGAUCGAAUAGCGGAGUCGCCAAGACCAAUCCCGCCUUCCCCCGGUGGCGCGAUCGGUCCUCACGAGGAUGCGGGCCGGUUCGAAGAGGCGAAAUAUACCAUCGAGCACGCGGUCGUCCCCGCGGAGCCUAUCAACGCCUUUGGGAUACCACAGGCUACGAUGCGGUGCUUGGAACUUGCGGAGAGUGUCGCGCAGAUGUCAGAGCUUAUACAGUUUUCAAAAGACACCAGCCUGGGGCCAGUCGAUGCAUUGGCUAGGUUCGCGGACAAGCUGCGAGCAGCGCACGCUAACAACCGUGGAGUGCCAAUGACUGGGCUUCCCUAUCACAUCGAAGGCUCAUCUUCGUUCGACGGGCACGGGAUCAACGGGAUCAACGGCGCACCAACCAUGUUCACAAACCACCCUCCCAAUGCUGUCGCAGGGCCCUCACAAGGCCCGUCGAGCGGCGUGCAAUCCCAGAACGCCUCUCAAUCUGACGGCACGGAUGGCAAGGCGGGCCAAGGCACGCCUCAAGCGUCGCAGGCGUCGGGCUCCACUCCCGCCGCAUCAGCAUCUACCCCCGCUUCGGCACCUACGCCUGGAGGGCCGACGACGCCGUCGAUGGCCAACGCGUCGUUGAAGCGGAAGCAGCCUACGGGCGGCCGCGCCGGAGACGACUCGCCGACCACGGCGAAUGCGGAGGGGCAGCCGGCGAAAAGGGCGGCGCGAAAACGCGGGCGGACACAAGGUUCAUGAGCCCGGCCGCUUCCGCGCAGUCUCACUUGCUUUAUGCGUCUCUCUUGGCUCCUCCGCUAUCCGCUGCUGUUCCACCCGUCUGUGCCAUCUCGUCGUCCUACGUCCUGCUAGCCCCCACUUCUCCCCAAUCCCCCGUAUACGUCUGCGUGUGCGUUUGCGUCUGUCUUCCCUCCUACCUGUUAUCUGUUCUGUGGAUCUCGUUGCAAUCAUCGCUCAAUCGAUAUUUUACCAGCAUAGCAUAUACGUAGAUUUGUAUCUUAGUACUACAUCCGGGUCGUGCGGAGGACCAUCUUUCUCUUUCGCGAGGACCGGGCUGACGGGUACCUGUUGUCUUAUCACCUUCCUAUUUAUCCAUUGUCCUGUAGUGUAUAUUAAUCUC